AUGUCUGUUCACAAACUCUCUCUACUAAAAUCUGAAGGCGCUUUUUCCAAAGUCUCUCUUCAUUCAAGACUGAAGGUGUCCGUUCACAAACUCUCUCUUAGCUCAAAUCAGAAGUUGGUCGUUAACAAAUUCUCUCAAUCCAAAUCGGAAGGUGUCCCUUUACCAAGCAUCCCUCCGCUCAAAUCUAAAGGCCAAUGUCUCUUUUGGCUCAAAUCUGUUGAUGUCUUUACCAAUUCUCAACUCAAAUCGGAAGGUUCUCUUUCACAAAACCUUUCUCAGCUUAAAUCGGAAGGUGUUCUUUUACCAAGUAACUCUCCACUCAAGUUAUAUGGCACUCUUUACAAAGGCUCUCCUGUCACAUAUCUUCAGGUGUCCUUUUACAAGAUCUUUCUAAUCAAAGCGGAAGAUGUCAUUUUACAAAAUCCAUCUCGGCUAAAAAAACAAGGCGUUUUCUAA